AUGGUGGAAGAGGGAAACGAUUGGGAUGAACAGUUAAACAACGAUCGACUGAUGACCUUCGCCGAAUUGGCUUUGUCGACGGUGGAAGCGGACGGUGAAGGAGAUGGAGAGCCAGAGCCACUGAUCGAGACCGAGAGAAACCGUCGCAGGCUUGACCCGACACGAAAAGCAUCAACCCGAGCCAAGUUCGGGAGAACUCGUGAAAUGAAUCAAUACGGA